AUGAAGUACGCUAUUUUCCGCCGCCCACUACAACAACUACAACAGAAGGAACUACAACCACCACCAAAACAGAGGAAACAACAAUUCCAACAACAGAAUCCAUCCCAACUAUACCACCACAACUUCCACGGCAGAGACCACCACAACUUCAACAACGGAACCCACUACAACAUCCACCACAGAGUCCACUACAACUACAACAACAAACCCCACUACAACUUUUACAACAGAUUUCACUACAACAACGGAAGUAACGACAACUUCAACAACAGAACCCACCACAAUUUCCACUACAGAGUCCACUACAACAACGGAAAUAACAACAUCUUCAACAACAGAGCCAAUCACAACCUCUACAACGGUACCAACAACAUCUUCAACAACACAGAAAGAUGCGAUUGUUCCGACCUACAGACCUCCAUAUUCAAAUUUUGGACUACUUGGGAACCGCUACAACAGAAGAAUUCACUACAAAAGAAGAGUUCACUACAACACAAGAGUUUACUACAUCAGAAGGAUCCAUUACAACAGAAGAAACCACUACAACAGAAGGAUCCACUACAACAGAAGAAACCACUACAACGGAAGGAUCCACUACAACAACUACAACAACACCUUCAACAACAGAGCCUAGCACGACUUCAACAACGAAACCCACAACAUCUUCAACCACAAAAAGAGAACCAACAUAUCCGACCUACAGACCUCCCUUUGUAGGACUCACGACUUCAAGCCGUCCCAUUUAUACUAUCAUUACAACGAGCCCACGGACCAGGAGCAAACCGAUAUUAAAAUGUUAUCUAAGAGAUCAACUGGAGUACAGAAAGAUUUGCUAUGGCUGGCGGCCGACGACGAUUUGUUAUCGCUGUUGUUACCAUAACUACACCGAAGUCGCCGAAUGCAGCAGGCUUCACCAGGGGAGGUGUUCGUGGCAUGAUUAUGCUUAAUGGAUAACACCGACAUAUUCCAGAAUUAACUAAUUAUAAUUAUAACCUUUUUUAUAAUAAAUAUUCCCAAGCAUGAGCUUAAUAUAACUUAUAUUAAAUAAGAAUGUAAAUUUGUGAAAUAAAAUAUAUAAUUUGGGGUGUCACAGAUAUCUCA